AUGCAAGACAUGGAUAUUAUUCCUGGUCCAGGCUUGUUCCCGGCACAUCGGUGCAAAACCAUUCAUGUGGUCAGGCAUGCCCAGGGUGUACAUAAUGUGGAGGGAGAUAAGAACUACAAAGCAUACUUGUCCCCUGAGUACUUUGAUGCGGAGCUUACUCCACUGGGAUGGCAACAAGUCGAUAAUUUGCGUAAACAUGUAGUUGCCUCUGGCCUUCUGGAGAGGGUUGACCUGGUCAUUACAUCCCCAUUAAUGAGGACAUUACAAACAGCUGUUGGAGUUUUUGGUGGUGGCAGCUACACAGAUAGGGUAGAUGGGUUACCUCUUAUGGUGGCAAAUGCUGGAAACAGUGGUCGUGGUGCUAUUUCAAGUUUCAAUUCCCCUCCAAUCAUUGCAGCAGAGCUAUGUCGUGAACAUUUUGGUGUGCAUCCUUGCGAUCAGAGGAGAAGCAUCAGUGACUAUCAGUUUCUCUUUCCUGCAAUUGAUUUUUCAUUGAUUGAAACAGAUGAAGACACUGUAUGGAAAGCUGACGUGAGAGAGACGACCGAAGAACUUGCAGCCAGAGGACUAAAGUUCUUGAAAUGGUUAUGGACAAGAACUGAGAAGGAGAUAGCAAUAGUUACCCAUAGUGGAUUUUUGUUCCAUACCUUGAAUGCGUUUGGGAGUGACUGUCAUCCAUUGGUUAAAAAGGAAAUAUGCAAGCGCUUUUCAAAUUGUGAAUUGCGUUCGAUGGUCAUCGUGGACAGAGGUAUGAUGGGAUCAGACUCCUCAACAACCAACUAUCCCGGAAAGAUUCCCAGUGGCCCUGAUCUCCCUAGCGAUCCAGGUUCCUGA